AUGGCUUUAUUACUAAUUUAUGGUCUUCUUACUUUUGAACGUAUUUACAUUAAAAUUCAUUGGCGAUUUGACAUUGCAUCGCUUACCUUCAACAUAAUUUUCUUUAUAAUAUACACUAUAGCCUUGGCUAUUGAAUGGCCAGUUACUAGCUUGGAGAUAACCGAUUUGCUUCUGGUUGUAGCUUUUGCAACACAAAUUCCAAUACAAAUAUGGGCAAUUUCUGUAGUUAAAAAAUGCUAUGAUUUUUAUUUGUUACUACAUGUAUUUGUGACAUUGGCAGAAAAAUAA